CUAUGUUAAAUACGAGAAUAGCUGGCUUUUGAUCAGAAAAGUGACAGGAAUACUUUUUGAACGAUGACGUGAGUAAAGUUAGGUGCGACGAACGAUAAUCUGUCAAAGAUAAUAUGUAUUAGCGGUUAUGGAAACGGAUGACGAUGAUCUCGAAUCGAAAGAGAUGGAAGUCGAUACGAAAGGAAAAAACAUACGCAAAAUAGUUCUGAAGUAUAUAUUUUUCCUCCUGUCGCUGGUCUUUGCCGUGGCAUUAGUCGGCGUCGUUACACAGUUCGAUUUUUCACCGUACUUCACGGAGCACGCGCAAGAGCUGUCUAAACACCGCACCAGGGGGGAGGAGGUAGAGUUUCAUGCCGUUAGUAACAUUGAGAAGUUCCCUCAUAAAGAGCAACGCCUUCCAAAGGAUCUGAAACCACUUAGUUACAAACUUGAUUUGCGAGUGAAUUUGACAACGCUUAAGUAUAGGGGAGUAGUCAAGACAAGAAUUCUCUGCGAGAAAACAACUCGUUAUGUUAUCCUUCACUGUGGAGACCUAGAAGUUUUGAACGUUUCCGUUACUGCAGAAAACAAUCACGACAUAGCUAUCAACAGAAUACUUGCUUUCAAGGAAUACCAACAGCUUUGCGUAGAGCUCAAGGGAGAUCUCUGUAGGGGAGAGUCGUAUUUCGUUACUAUUCAGUUCAAGAAUAAGAUUUCUGAUAAACUGGAAGGAUUUUACAAGAGUUGGUACCGCAGUGAAACAGGAGAAAAAAGGAUGCUAGCAGUGUCUCAUUUUGAGCCUGCACACGCUAGGAAAGCAUUUCCCUGUUUCGACGAGCCCUCUUUUAAAGCGUCCUUUAACAUAUCUAUAAUUCACGACCCUCAACUCUACGCCCUGUCAAACAUGCCCCGGGCCCGGCUCGUAACCAGAAAGGAUGGACUUGUGGAGGAACAUUUUCUGCCCAGCGUCAACAUGAGUACAUACUUAGUCGCCUUCGCAGUGGUCGACUUUAGAUAUAAAGAAAAGAUGACCAGCUCAGGAGUAUUGGUUAGGGUCCAUGCCCCACCUAGUGAUUUUGACCGUUUGGAGUAUGCACUGGAUACUGGUGUUAAAGUGCUGUCUUUUUAUGAGAAGUUGUUCGGAGAGCCCUUCCCUCUCCCCAAACUCGAUCUGCUGGCUGUUCCCGACUUCCUUAAUGGUGCAAUGGAAGAGUGGGGCCUAGUAGUAUUCCGACGUGCUCUACUUGUGUAUGAUGAACAAUUUACUUCGACUGAUGCCAAAGUGAAAAUGACUAAGGUUAUAGCGCACGAGUUAGCUCAUCAGUGGUUCGGCAACCUGGUUACACCGAGAUGGUGGAACGACUUGUGGUUGAACGAGGGAUUCGCCGUCUUUGUCGAGGAUGAAUUUGGAGCUAAUUAUGUGAUGAAUGGCUGGGAUAUGCGUGAAACAGUUGUAUCUACCAGCUGGAAGUCUGCCUUACACGGUGACUCCAUGUGGUCUUCACAUCCAAUCAGCGUUGAAGUUCAGAAACCGGAAGAGAUUGAUGACAUAUUUGACGCCAUAUCCUACCAGAAGGGUGCGAUGAUUCUCCGUAUGCUGAUGAACUAUCUUGGUGUGGAAAAGUUCUUGAAUGGAAUCAAGGGCUACUUAGAGACCUACAAAUACGGAAACGCUGACGCAGAGGAAUUGUGGGAUGCCAUUGGCGAGGCCAGCGGCGAUAUCAACGUCAAGAAAAUGAUGAGAGUGUGGACGGACCAGAAAGGAUUCCCAAUCGUCAGCAUUCGAAGAAAAGGACGCGUGUUUCAUAUUGAACAGGAAGACGUCCUUGACAAGCUGAUGAAAGACAAGAAACAAGCGCAAAACAGGAAGAGGUGGUACUUGCCAAUAUCUUAUUUUACGGAGUCAGAUCCAACAGUACGUUGGGUUACAAUACCUCCACACACGCAAUCUUACCCGUUAACAACAGUGUCUACUAGUGGCUGGAUAAUGGCUAAUAUCAACGCCACGGGGUUCUUUAUGGUAAACUAUGAUGAGGAAAACUGGAAAAAACUUGCAGUACAGCUCAGAAAAGAUCACCAGGUGUUUACUCCAAAUGACCGAGCUGGUUUGAUCCAUGAUGUUUUCACUCUUGCAUGUCAAGGUUUGCUUGACCCAGUCCUCGCUUUGAACCUGUCAACAUACCUGGUGCAAGAAGAGCACCCAGUCCCUUGGGCGUUGGCGAGAGGUAAAUCCAAGUGUCUCAUGGGAUUGCUCAGUAAAGCUCAUAAACUUCUGUACAAGAAUUACUUGUGGUCUCUUCAGGAUCAUCUUAUCGACUUGGUUGGCAUGGAAGAUACAGGGAAUGACCUGGAAAGAUUUUUCAGAUAUGAUGUGUUAUCCGAGGCAAUGAGGAGUGGUCAAAGGAAAGAGAUUAGAGAGCGUUUUAUUCGCUUGUUUAACGAGCUGAAGGAAACCCCUCUUGGAAGUCUUCCAAGUGUAGGUCCAAACUUCCGGUACCUGGCUUUCUCAUUUGGGGUAAACAAGUCGAGUGAGGAGGACUGGCACUACCUCUGGUCCGUUUACCAACAGUCUCCUUUUGAUACCGACCGGAAGUUCUUGAUGAGAGUUAUUACGUCAUUCAAUACGGAAAACAUCAGAUCAAGAAAUCUCCUGUUCAGUUUGGAUGAAAACAGAGUUCGUCCGCAGGACAGCUUGUUUUGGAUAGAAAUGAUGGGUAAAGGGCGCGGUAAGAUGGACGAUAGAUGGGAAUUUAUACUAAAACACUGGAAAACUCUCGCAAGAAGAUAUGCUGGAAGCUACAAGUUUGGUAACCUUAUCAAAGCGGUGGCUGGAAGUUUUCACUCAAAAGACCAGCUUAAAAUGGUUAAGAAAACCUUUCAAUCCUUAACUCCCGGGGAAAUUGCUGUCAGAGCUCAAAGCCAGACCGUGGAGAAAAUACAACAUAAUAUUGCUGGUAACCCUGCACAUCUUAAGACAAGCGAAAAAAGAAUAGUCAGAUGGCUGAAAGACUACAAACGAAUUUCCUGAAACGACGUCAGAGAGUUAUGGGAGUGAAUCAUUUUUUGAAAAAGUCCUUGAAGCGUAAUGGGUACACUUGUUAAGUUUGUCCAAGUUUAUGGUCACAGGGACAAACGUGUUAAAAGGAGACUCACUAAUAUCAUAUUUUCCCCUCUGGAGGAUGUUUGUUUUUGCUAAAAGAUCAGAUUUUUGUGAGCAGAAACAAACUCUUAUCGGUGAGUCUUUAGUCCCAAUCUGAGGAGUUUCAGAUACAAGCAAGGUUCAAAUCUAAGGUGGUGUGUUUGGUCCACGAUUCAAGUGGCUGUGAAGGGAGGUGAUAGAAAAUAUACGGUAAAACUAUCUACCUAACAUUUCCAAGUUAUCGCAAAAAAACUACACCCUACAGGAAGA